GAUAUAUUCGCUCAAUCCCAUGUCCUAAAGUGCAGUCAACUCGAUUUCAGGCACCAUUUGCUCGGCCACCCGUAAUCGGUCCCGUAAUACGAGUGAUGGGCCUCCGUUUCUGACCCUGAGCAACAUUCACUAGAAUGCCGACUUUCCACCCGAUCCUCAGGAAAUCUUACUGGUUUCUUGCCGGCCUGGGAGGACUAUGGGCAGUCUUCAUUUUAUGCUUAACCAACGCGACAUUUCAGCGGCACGUUCUGUAUGCGCGUAAAGUGCAAAGCGGCAACUUCUGGCAUGAUGUCUCUAAUCCAGAGGCUUUUGGCUUUGCCAAGGGCCAAGUUCAGCCGUUCUAUCUGAAUACGACGGAUAGGGAGACGUUGUUUUGUUGGCACGUGCUUCCGCUGGAUGUGUAUCUGGAGAAUGAGGACGAGAUUGUGCGGAAGGCUGGUGGGGUUUCGGAGAAUCUGAAAGAAACCGUGGGGUAUAAGUUGUUGAUGAGAGAUCCGGAUGGGAGGGUUGUUGUGAAUUUUCAUGGAAACGCCGGCCACGUAGCUCAGGGCUACCGUCCCUCGACCUACCGCUCCAUUUCCGGCAUCCCACAUACUCACCUCCUAACCUGCGACUACCGGGGCUUCGGCCACUCCACACUCAGGAACAACCCUCACAUUCCGACAGAAUCCGGCGUCAUCACGGACGGCGUAAGUCUUGUCUCUUACAUUCUGCACACCCUUCAACACCCUGCCGACCGCACCGUUCUGCUAGGUCAAAGCCUCGGCACCGCCGUCACUGCAGCUACAGCGUUGUACUUCACCGACCCGUCAACUCGCCAUCUCCCACAUAGUAUCACCCAUCCGUCGCCCAUUCCCAAGACCGCAGAAUCCUUCGCCGGAAUCAUCUUGGUAGCCUCAUUCCCAGACAUCCCCGUCCUCCUCAAAAGCUACAAAAUCUCCGGCAUCAUCCCCAUACUCAGCCCGCUCAAUGGCUACCCCAAGAUUGCGGCCUAUCUCUCCACCAAGGUCGUGGAUCACUGGCCCACACUUCUGAGGCUGCAGUAUCUCCUUUCUGCGUCCAAGACCGCCAAGUCUUCCCCUGCAGUGCACAUUACCGUCCUACACGCCCGCAAUGACCAGGACAUCGAUUUCCGUCUUGGUGAAGCCGUUUAUCUUGGGUUAGAGCAGAUCGUGCUGGGAGAAGCGAAUGCGGAACCUGUGCACGAAAGGAGGACUAUCCAGGGGCAGGAGAAUGUGAGGAGAGGGGCGUUUGCUUAUCGGAGGGUGGAGGAUGGAGAGGGCAGGCGGGUGGUGGAAUUGGAAGUUGUGAGGUACGGGGGCCAUAACCAAGUGGUGAGUUUUCCUCAGGUAAACUUGGCAGUUAGGAGAGCGUGGGAGGGGAAUAGGAGGGUGGGCAAGGUUGGGUUGGAUGUGGAGUGAUUGGAGUGAACGGUUGCGACUCGGAGACAUCGGUCUGGAAGUUCCAGAUGGGGUAUUCCCCUGUGUAGUCGGAAUCUGCUUACCUUGAUUGUAUCGAUUAACUGUGUUGACGUGUUCAUAUGCCUUGGCUCAAGUUAGACGAGUCGUUUGGCCAUUUAGCUAGUCAGUUGUUUUUGCUGCUCAGCACCGAUGCUGUUGGAGAUGGACAUGACUCCUGUCGUGUCCUAAAGCAUGAGUUGUUCUACGGCUGUUUGACUGCAAUACAAGCUUGUUGUUUCCGUUCAGCUUUAAAUCAUAGAAAAAGGAGCUAGAAGCCGAA